GCCAGUUGCCGAUCCGACGCCUCUACUCUCCUCUCUCUUCGCAUCGCAUCCCCCCGUCCGUCCGUCUACCGACGAUGCUAAAUUGCUGAUGCAGCCAAGCCGAGCCACACCUCUUCUUUUUAGUACUCCAUGCAUACUAUUUUUUUUUAACGUGCGCGCUAGGAUGCUGGUGAGAUCCAAAACACGGGAUUCGUUCUGGUUACCGUGCGCCGCUGGAGCACACGCUGCGCCCUUCGCUGACCUCAGGGAUAGACUGACACCACAGCCCCACACCAAACGGGCUUACUAUCCACUGUACAAAGCAGCUGGAGGCUGGAGCACGUUACGGCGCCGCGCUGGGUGGGAGGCGCACCGCAACGGAGCUCGAACAGUGCGGCAUCAGUAACCGGGGGAGAGAGGUGAGGCGGGGAGCUCGUGAGGUCAACGAGGGGGGAGCGGGCAGGAAGGCUCGGGGCUCCUUCCUCCUCCUAUAAACCCACCUCAUCCGCCUACCGGGCUCCCAUUUUCUCGCCCGGGAGCCGCAAUUCCGACCUGCUUGCUUUGUAAGUCCACCUUUGAAUUGUUUAUUUACUUACCGACCUUCUUCUAGCUGGCUCGAUUGAACGAGAACACCGAUUGAGGAGGUGGCGAGGAUAACAUGGGGGGAAAUUUAUCUGGGAUUUGUGCUGUUCACCUCUUGAUGGUUCUCGAGAUUGCUUAAAGAAUUCUAGAAGGGUUCAUACUCGCCCAGUAGAUCAAUUCUACGCCAGAUGAUUGUACUUCCUGGGGGUAGAAGGGCGUACGGAAGCAGAACUCGGGUGGUAUUGAAUUGAAAUGGAAGGCGGGAUGUCAAGUUUGGAAACUGCCAUGAAAGCUUCUUCAUCGGUUGCAAGUGGUACUGCAAGGAAUGCUGACCCUGACAUACAGACUGUCCGUUCCAAUUCAGUAGAGCAGUUUUAUUUUCCAAGACCUGGCCAAUCUUUGCCAGGCAUUCCACCAUUCUUUGGGCCUCCUUCCUCCAGUUUGUAUCUUCCUAAUGACAAUGAAGCUAAAGUUGGCAACCAAUUUGAACCAAAUCUUUCACAGAGUACAGAUUGGGACCCGCAAGCUAUAGUAAGCAACCUAACUUUCCUUGAGCAGAAGAUCAAGCAGGUAAAAGAUGUUGUGCUGUCCAUGAGCAGCCGAGAGAACCAAGUAGCUGGCGGUUCCUGUGAGCUAGCAGCAAAGCAGCAGCUCAUAACUGCUGAUCUCACUAACAUUAUAAUCCAGCUUAUCACAACUGCUGGUUCGCUGCUCCCUUCAAUGAAGAACCCACUUAGCAGCAAUCCAGCAGUAAGGCAGCUCAGCAACACUCUUGGUUCUCCUAUGGGCUUUGGCAUGAAUGCUAAUCAGCGACCAAGUGUAGACAGCAAGAACGAUAUUCCUGACAUUGGAAAGGCCUCUGGUUACGAGGAACUGAUCAAUAGCCUUAAUACUACCCAAGAUGAAAGAGAUGAUCUGAUCAAAUGUCCAAAUCCUUGUGGUGGGGAAGGGUCUGAACCGACUCCGAUGGAAGACCAUGAUGUAAAGGAGAGUGAUGAUGGUGAACAUGAGGGAGAGAAUCUACCCCCUGGUUCUUAUGUAGUAUUGCAAUUGGAAAAGGAGGAGAUUUUAGCACCACAUACUCAUUUCUGCUUGAUCUGCGGGAAGGGCUUCAAGAGAGAUGCGAACCUAAGGAUGCACAUGAGGGGCCAUGGAGACGAGUACAAGACUGCCGCAGCUCUUGCCAAGCCCACGAAGGAUUCUGGUUCAGAUCAUGCACCAGUUACAAGGUACUCAUGCCCAUUUGUGGGUUGCAAGCGGAACAAAGAGCACAAGAAGUUCCAACCUCUCAAGACAAUCUUGUGUGUGAAGAAUCACUACAAGCGAAGCCAUUGUGACAAGAGCUACACCUGCAGCCGUUGCAACACUAAAAAGUUUUCUGUGAUUGCUGACUUGAAGACUCAUGAGAAGCAUUGUGGUCGUGACAAGUGGCUCUGUUCUUGCGGAACAACCUUCUCUAGGAAGGACAAGCUUUUCGGGCAUGUUGCACUUUUCCAGGGCCACACACCUGCGCUCCCCAUGGAUGACGUCAAGGUAUCAGAAGCAUCAGAGCAACAGCAGGACAGCGAGCCUAUGAAUGAAAUUUCGAGGAGCAUGGGGUGCUUCACUUGCAGCUCGUCUGAUGGCAUUUCAAACCUUGACAUGAAAAUGGCUGAUGAUGCACGCGGCUAUUACUCGCCACUGAGCUUUGAUCCUUGCUUUGGCGCACUGGAUGACUUUACUCGCCCUGGAUUCGACAUCUCUCAGGAUCCCUUCUCCUUUCUGCCUUCGGGAUGCAGUUAUGUACAGCAGAAUGGAGACAACUGAUGGAGGUCACCGUUGAUAAUGACGACAAGGGCACUGGCAGCCUUUAUGUAUGGCGUACGCAUGAUGCUAGUCUGGUUCUUGCUAUAUUCAAGAGUCAUUUUAGGUUAUGCCUUCUUUUUUCUUAAGUGUACUUCAUUUGGUGGUCAUCAAUAAUGAGCACUUUUAGCAUUUCGUACGGACCGAGAUAGCCCCAAUUUUCAGUAUAUACAUGCAAGAUUUACUGUGUCA